AUGAUGCGUCAUUUUGUUGCAUUUUCACUGCUGUUAUUCGUUUUGGAAACCUCAGUCGAGGCCACUUUGUUGGUGCCGAACCGUGACCAUUCCUUCGUUUUUAUCAGUGAUUCUGCGUGCAGAGCACGUUGCUUGAAAGAAUUAAAUUGCCAAAACGGACACUGCAAAAAAGUAACCAACGACAAAAUUUUCGGCAUCCGAUGUGUCUGUGAGGAUUGUCCCAGUGGUCAAAAGACGAAAAUAGUGCCUGUACCGAUUCCCGUUUUGCACUUCCCCUUUUGA